GACCUUGUCACAAAUACAUUGCACUGACCUACAUAACUUUAUUGUACAUAUACACAACACAGUUGUUCUGAUGUUGCUGAAGAUAUACAGGAAAGAAAGUCACUGUUGUCGCUAUGUCACGUGUCAUUAACCUGCCUAUCUACACCGUGGACGCCUUCACCGACGUCGUGUUCAAAGGCAACCCAGCGGCUGUCUGUCCGCUGUCAGACGACAUAUUGUGUGAUGACGUUCUUCAGAAGAUUGCCGCGGAGAUGAACCAGUCUGAAACCGCCUUCAUUAGACUUCUCGGCCAGGGAGACACAUUCGAGAAAAGUGAUACUUUCGGAUUGCGAUGGUUUACCCCGGCCACUGAAGUGAAACUGUGUGGACAUGCUACGUUAGCUUCGGCCGCCAUUCUUUUUAACAAUCUAGGGAUGGAGACUGGUGUGGUCAUGGACUUCCCUCUUGGAAGAACAGUCAGCCAUAGUAAGGACAAUUAUGGCGCUCUGAUCAAGAGUCUGGGAGAUAUUCCUGGAGUUGAAGACCUAGUGUUCUGUAAAUCGCUGAGAUAUUUAUUAAUAAGACUCAAAGAUGGCUGGUCAAGAUGUCAGUUUGAAGACUGGACGCCGGACAUUAAUCAGAUGCAGCCAUCGACCGAUGACCUGUUUGUGUUAAUUGUAACCACUCGUGGCUCUGCUGGUCAGGGUUUCCAGGACAAUAAAGGGAAAGAGUAUGACUUUGUUUCCAGGGUGUUUGGUCCAUGGGCAGGUAUUCCUGAAGACCCCGUCACGGGUAAGCCAUCAGUAUAG